UAUAACAGAAAUAAAUACAAAAACAAUAUUAGGUUUAACACAAAAUUAAACUGUACGCCCUUACUCUUUAAGGGCAAAAAUUUUAAAAAUAUAAAUUAACAUUUAAUUAAUUUAAUUAAGAAAUACAAAUACAAUAAGUGUGUUUAAGUGAAUGUUAUAUACACGAUUUGACAAGUGGCAGCAUCAUCAGUGUUCUCGAAAUGGCAAGACUCUUUAACAUUCGCCCUUUGGCAGUUUUCUGGACAUUCACUCUAUUGUUUAUGGGCAUGCAAAGGAUACAAGCCGAUAUCACAGCUCGUAUUAUUGAAACACACAACUAUCCAGUAGAAGAGCACACAGUCCACACACCAGAUCACUAUAUACUCACCAUAUAUCGUAUACCAUACUCACCGAAGCGGAUGGAUUCCACAAAUAAUAGCAGACCAGUUGUAUUUUUACAACAUGGUAUACUCAGUGCAUCGGAUGACUGGAUACUUAAUGGUCCCGAAACUUCAAUUGCUUUUAUGUUUGCAGAUGAAGGAUAUGAUGUUUGGUUGGGAAAUGCCCGUGGUAACUUUUAUUCUCGCCAGCAUAAGCAUUUAGAUCCAGCCUCCUCAGACUUUUGGAAUUUUAGUUGGCAUGAAAUAGGUGUUUACGAUCUCGCCUCCAUGAUAGAUUAUGCUUUAAUAGCAUCGAAUGCUACAUCUAUGCACUUUGUUGCACAUUCUCAAGGCACAACAACAUUUUUCGUGCUAAUGUCUUCCCAGCCAGCCUACAAUGAAAAAAUCAAAACCGUACAUUUGCUGGCGCCAGUUGCUUUUAUGCGGAAUCACUCUUUCAUGCUAUCGAAGCUGGGGCGCAUAUUCUUGGGUUAUCCUUCAUUUCUAAGCUGGAUAUUUAGCGGUAUACAAAUAGGGCCAAACUCAAGAAUACCCAGACUAGUUUGUGAAUAUGUAUGUUCCCCAGAUUCGAUGCUGAAAUUCUUAUGCGUUGGAAUAUUGGAUUUCAUUGGUGGUUGGGGUACGAAGCAUUUGAAUCAUACGCUUCUAACAGAUGUUUGUUUAACUCAUCCCUCCGGAGCUUCAACAACACAAAUUAUACAUUUCCUACAGUUACACAACUCUGGUGAUUUUCGACAAUUCGAUCAUGGCACUGAAUUGAACUUGAAGUACUAUCAGCAAGAAACACCUCCAUCCUAUGAAAUCCAUCAAAUAAGGAAUUGUGUUAAUCUUUAUUAUAGCGAAAAUGACUACAUGUCAGCCGUAGGAGACGUGGAACAUUUGGCGUCGUUGCUACCAUGUGCGGAGCUACAUCGUAUACCUUACGAAGACUGGAACCACUAUGACUUUUUGUGGUCAAAUAACGUUAAAGAAGUGAUAAAUAAUAGAAUUAUUGAUAAGAUAAGAAGACAUGAAUUAGAAAAUCUGCAAGAUUUUUAAAACUGAUGGACUUAAAAUGUUAGUUUAAGAUUUCUAUAUUAAGCAAAUGCUUUAUGUAUAUAUACAUAUAUACAUAAAUGAAGGUGAUCUAGUUAUAUAUUAAAACAUUAAACAACAUUCAAGUAUAUAAGAAGCUUUACAACACAAAUUUUAUGCCAAAUUUAAUUUAAGAUAAAACGAUACUCAUAGGGAAAAUGAUAAUGCGGCAACUGUAUAAAUACAACGACUCUACACACAAUAUUACAAAGAGAACCGGACUUCAAGGAAUUAUUUACAUAUAUUUUGUAAUAAAUUAAUUUUAGGUGUUAAA